UCACUGACCGCUCACUGAUCAGCUAUGUUUUCUGAACGCAACCAUUGUCUCGUUUGCAAUGAAUAAUAGGGAAUAAAACGUAACACGCUUGUGUGUAGAAAACGUAACUUUUGGACGAUUUAAACUUAUGCAUUAGUAAAAUAUAUUAUUGCCGAAUGGUCUAGAAUAUAUUUAAAGUGGUUAUAUUAGAUCUCAAACAUAUACUCCUAUAACUUUCGACAGCAACUGACGAAAGAUAAAUCGUAUCUGUAUGUUACAAAUCUUCGAGUUGACAACAUGUACAGAAUGUUUACGGGUAUAUCGCAGAAACAAUUAAUUGUUGCUGUUAAGAAAAGUUAUACACAGACAAAAUACUUCAAUGCCUGGCAGAGAUGUAACUUCUCUUCUCAAAAAGAACCUCCUGGAUUAGAAGUUCAAAAGAAAAGUGUUACACCAUUUCCUCCACUAACAAAACCUAUUCCAAAUUUGCCAACAGCUGUUUACUCUACUGCAAAGGAGGAACAUCAAACAACGCAAAUUACAGUCUUACCAAAUGGUUUAAAGGUAGCAUCAGAAAAUCGAUUUGGACAAUUUUGCACUGUAGGUGUUCUUAUCGAUUCUGGUCCAAGAUAUGAAGUUGCAUAUCCCAAUGGUAUCUCACAUUUUCUUGAAAAGCUGGCAUUUGGUUCCACCAACACAUAUAAUAGCAAGGAUGAGAUAAUGCUAGCAUUAGAAAAGCAUGGUGCUAUAUGUGAUUGUCAAGCAUCUAGAGAUACAUUUAUCUAUGCUGCAUCGGCACAACGUCGUGGAUUGGAUUUAGUGACUCAAGUUUUGGGUGAUGUCGUUUUACGACCUCAAAUUACAAAUGAAGAGGUAUAUACAUAGUAUGUAAUGUAAACU